AUGCUAAGAGCCCAAAUCAAUGGAUUUAGACAAAGAGACAACGAAUCUCUUUUCGAAGCAUGGGAAAGAUACAAAGAAAUGAUUAGGAUAUGUCCUCAUCAUGGGCUCGAAAAUUGGCUAAUUAUCCACACCUUUUACAAUGGUCUCUUGUAUAAUACAAGAAUGACAAUAGACGCCGCAGCUGGUGGCGCACUUAUGGAUAAACCAUACAACCAAGCCUAUCAGCUUAUCGAGAGCAUGGCUCAGAACCAUUAUCAGUGGGGAAACGAGAGAACAUCCGUAGAGAAGCCUCAAACGAAAGGCGGUAUGUACGAAGUAAACGAGCUUGACCUUGUUAAAGCCAAACUUGAAGCUCUAACUCAAAAGAUGGAGAGUAUGACCACAACACCUGCAGCCACCGUGGCUGCAACAAUUUCAAAUUGCGAACUAUGUGGAAUUCAAGGGCACACUAUCGCUGAAUGUCAACUCUUGACGGAAGUCCCCCCAGACCAAGUGAACUAUACUCAAGGAAACCCUUACAACCAAGGUCCGAGGAACCAUCCAUACCUUUCGUACAAAAGCAACAAUGCUCUAUAUGCACCUGGCCAAGCACCUACUCCUUCACCACCAGGAUUCCAAAAACCUGCUCAAAAUGCUCCUAGGAAGUCUAACCUUGAAUUGAUGAUGGAGAACUUCAUAGCCAUACAAACUCAAACUAACAAGGAAGUCCUAAAUCAAAACAUACACACUAAUGAGCAAAUUAAGCAGUUAACAAGCAAUUUAGCUAUCCUAGCCACACACAAUAAGAUGCUUGAAACUCAAAUAGCACAAGUGGCACAACAACAAGCAUCGACCUCUGCUCCUGCAGGAACAUUUCCUGGUCAACCACAACAAAACCCGAGAGGACAAGCCAAUGCUGUUAUACUAAGAAGUGGAAAACAACUAGAUGAACCAACAAAUUCAAAACCUGAUGACCCAGCCGUGCAACAAGGUUCUAAUAAACUAACCGAGGAGAGUGAACCAAAAGAAAAAGAGGAUAGUGGAGAGGAAAUCAAAGAGAAAGAGAAACCUUACGUUCCUCCCCCACCAUAUAAACCACCCAUCCCAUAUCCUCAAAGAUUAGUACAAUCCAAAAAUGUAGGGCAAUUUAAGAAAUUUGUAGAGCUUCUACAAAAACUAAACAUCACAAUACCUUUUACGGAAGCUAUCACACAAAUGCCCUCAUAUGCUAAAUUCCUCAAAGAUAUCUUGACUAACAAGAGAAAGAUCGAGGAUGAUGAGACCGUCAUGCUCACUGCCGAGUGUAGCGCCAUAUUACAAAACGAAAUGCCCCCUAAGUUAAAAGACCCAGGAAGUUUCUCCAUACCCUGUGUCAUUGGAAAGUACGUAAUAGAUAGAGCCCUAUGUGAUCUAGGAGCUAGUAUCAGUUUAAUGCCCGUAGCCUUAUGUGAAAAACUGAAAAUGGGAGAACUAAGACCAACAAAAAUGUCCGUACAAUUUGCUGACCGUUCUGUCAAAUACCCUCUAGGUAUUUUAGAAAAUGUGCCCGUACGUGUAGGACAAUUCUUUAUCCCAACUGAUUUCAUAGUUAUGGACAUAAGGGAAGAUUCCAAUACACCUAUCCUUUUAGGAAGGCCAUUCUUAGCAACUGCCGGUGCCAUAAUAGACGUAAAGAGAGGAAAGCUCACUUUUGAAGUGGGUGAAGAAAAAGUUGAGUUUAUCUUAACUCAAUUCAUGAAAGCACCAGCAAUAGACGAUGAAUGCUACAUGCUAGACGUCAUUGAAGAAUGUAGAAAAGAAGUGGAAAAGGAUCAAGCUAAGUAUUCUGAAAUUCUAAAAACCUCUGAUCCUCAAACUCAUAAAGAUAAUGAAGACGACCCAGCCGAAUCUAAAGAUCCUACACCUCACCUUGAUAAGCCAACUUUAGAACUAAAGGCUCUACCUGAAAAUUUGAGGUAUGAAUUCCUAGAUAAAGACCUCAAACGACCAGUAAUAGUCAGUGCGGAUUUAGGAAAGUUAGAAACUGAAAAACUUCUAAACAUUCUAAGAAAAUACCCAACUGCCUUAGGGUAUAACAUCACUGACCUAAAAGGAAUUAGUCCUUCAAUAUGUAUGCAUCGUAUUACGCUAGAGGAAGACGGUAAAACCUCUAGAGAACCCCAAAGAAGGAUCAAUCCAGUUCUAAGUGAGGUAGUUAAGAAAGAAGUAGAGAAGCUUCUAGAAGUAGGAAUCAUAUAUCCCAUAUCUGAUAGUAAAUGGGUCAGCCCAGUACAUGUCGUACCAAAGAAAGGGGGAGUUACAGUUGUAACGAAUGCAAAAGGAGAAUCUAUAGCACAAAGAGUUGUAACUGGCCAUAGAAUGUGCAUAGAUUAUAGGAAAUUAAACAAAGCCACUCGAAAAGACCAUUUUCCUCUACCCUUUAUUGAUCAAAUGCUCGAGCGAUUGGCUAAACAUUCAUAUUUCUGCUACCUAGAUGGUUAUUCAGGAUUCUUCCAAAUCCCUAUUCACCCUGAUGACCAAGAGAAAACCACUUUCACAUGUCCUUACGGAACUUUUGCUUACCGACGAAUGCCCUUCGGACUAUGCAAUGCUCCCGCAACUUUUCAAAGAUGCAUGAUGGCAAUCUUCGCAGAUUUUAUAAAUGAUAUCAUGGAAGUCUUUAUGGAUGACUUCUCCGUUUGUGGGCAAAGCUAUGAAAGUUGUCUGUCGAACCUAGAAAAAGUACUUGAAAGAUGUGUAAAGGUGAAUCUUGUGCUUAAUUGGGAAAAGUGCCACUUUAUGGUCCGACAAGGAAUAGUUCUUGGACACGUAGUGUCCGAUAAGGGGAUUGAAGUAGAUAAAGCAAAAAUUCAAGUCAUAGAAAAUCUUCCACCCCCAAAAACAGUAAGAGAAGUACGUAGUUUCUUAGGACAUGCCGGUUUCUACCGGCGAUUCAUUAAAGAUUUCUCUAAAAUCACCAAGCCUUUGACCGGCUUAUUAUUGAAAGAUGCUGAGUUUAUCUUUGACGACGGAUGCUUAAAAGCGUUCGAACAAAUUAAAGCAGCCCUUAUAUCCGCACCAAUUAUCAAACCACCCGAUUGGAGUUUACCCUUCGAAAUCAUGUGUGACGCUAGUGAUUUCGCUAUAGGCGCAGUUUUAGGACAACGAAAAGAUAAGAAGCUUCAUGCGAUCUAUUACGCAAGUAGAACUUUAGAUCCUGCGCAAAUGAACUACGCCACCACUGAAAAGGAGCUCUUAGCUGUCGUAUUCGCGAUAGAUAAAUUUCGAUCUUACCUAAUAGGAUCUAAAAUAAUUGUUUACACAGACCAUGCUGCUAUUAGGUACCUAUUAAAUAAGAAGGAUGCUAAACCUAGGCUUCUAAGAUGGAUCCUACUUUUACAAGAAUUUGACCUAGUGAUCUUAGACAAAAAGGGAACCGAAAAUGUAGUAGCCGAUCACCUAUCUAGAAUAGAGGGCAUUGAGCCUGAGUCAGUACCCAUCAAUGACGAAUUCCCUUACGAACAACUCAUGGCUCAGUUGGAAACUAUCUCGGCUAAAUUAUCCUUAAAACUAUCCAAUACCACACAACUAAAGGAAGAAGUCUGCUCCGUCAAAAAUACUUUACCAUGGUAUGCUGACUUCGUAAACUAUUUAUCAGCAAGAGUCCUUCCUCCGGGUUUAACCUACCAACAAAAGAAGAAAUUCUUUCAUGACUUAAAAAACUAUUAUUGGGACGAACCCCUACUCUUUAAAAGAGGCCCUGACGGAAUCUUUCGUCGUUGUGUCCCUGAAGAAGAAAUGAAAGAUAUAAUUACCCAAUGUCAUUCUGCCCCUUUUGGAGGGCAUGCUAGCACUUCAAAGACGUGUGCCAAUAUUUUACAAUCUGGUUUCUUUUGGCCUACCCUAUGGAAAGAUGUCCAUAUCGCUGUUAAAAAUUGCGACCGAUGCCAACGCACCGGCAACAUAUCUAGACGCGAUGAGAUGCCACAAAAGGGAAUUUUAGAGGUAGAGAUUUUCGAUGUAUGGGGAAUAGAUUUCAUGGGACCCUUCCCAUCUUCUGGUGGAAAUAGAUAUAUACUUGUCGCUGUCGACUAUGUUUCAAAAUGGAUCGAGGCUUUAGCCUCUCCUAUAAAUGACACCCAAGUAGUUAUUAAGAUGUUUAAAAAUAUAAUCUUCCCUAGGUUCGGUACGCCCCGUCUCGUUAUUAGCGAUGGUGGCUCCCAUUUCAUAUCUAAAAUCUUUGAAAAAUUAUUAAUUAAAUAUGGGAUAAAACACCGAAUAGCAACCCCUUAUCACCCACAAACUAGUGGGCAAGUAGAAGUAUCAAAUAGAGAAAUUAAAAAAAAUUUAGAAAAAACUGUUGCUACUAGGAAAGAUUGGUCAUAUAAACUCCCCGAGGCUCUGUGGGCCUAUAGGACAGCAUAUAAAACCCCUAUAGGAACUACACCAUUUAAUCUAGUUUAUGGAAAAUCAUGUCACCUGCCUAUAGAACUUGAACAUAAAGCCUUUUGGGCUAUUAAGGCACUAAAUAUGGAUUACACGGCAGCGGGGAAGAAAAGAAUCCUUGAUCUUCACGAACUUGAAGAACUCAGAAUAAGCGCUUAUGAGAAUGCUAAAAUUUAUAAAGAUAGAACUAGGAAAUGGCAUGACAAGCGCAUACUUAAAAAAGAAUUUAACGUAGGAGAAUUAGUGCUUCUUUUUAACUCUAGGUUAAAACUUUUCCCCGGAAAACUCCGUUCCCGUUGGUCCGGACCUUAUGAAAUAACUAAAGUUUUCCAAAACGGCGCUGUCGAAAUAAAGAACAAAUCUAAUGAAAUUUUUAUUGUUAAUGGACAGCGUCUUAAGCACUAUUUCUGCCCAAUCACGUUGUCGCGUCGCACGAUCAGUCAGAUACUAGCUGCAAUUGGAAGAGACCCUAAUGAUCAAAUGCUACCCAUUGCAAUUGCUGUGGUUGAGGGUGAAACAAAAGAGACUUGGAAAUGGUUUUUGGAGCUGUUAACCAAUGACUUAGGAGGCACAAGAGCUUGUUCUUUAAUCACUUUCAUAAGUGACCAACAAAAGGGACUACUUCUAGCAAUGGAUGAGUUACUUCCAGGUGUUGCCCACAGAUUUUGUGUCAGACACUUGUACAACAAUUUCAAAAAGAAAUUUCCUGGAAAGAAAUUAAAGGAAUUGAUGUGGAAGGCUGCAAAUGCAACUUAUGUUAAUGCAUGGCAUAUGGAGAUGCAAGAGAUCAAGACUAUAAAUAUUGAGGCAUUCAAGCAUUUAAUCAAAAUACCACCAAGACAUUGGAGCAAAUCAUAUUUCACACCUGAGGCAAAAUGUGACACAUUGGUCAACAACAUGUCUGAAGCUUUCAACUCAGUGAUUGUUGGUGCAAGAGCCAAGCCUAUAGUGACAAUGCUUGAAGAAAUUAGAGUGUAUAUGAUGGAGAGAUGGGAAACCAAUAGACAAAAAAUUGGGAGAUAUGUUGAAAGCAUCCUACCAAACAUAAAAAAGAAGCUUGAAAGAGAGACAUCAUUCAGCAACAAUUGGAUGGUCAGGCCUGCUGGUUAUGAAUUGUUUGAAGUUAGGCACAUUUCAGCUAAUGGUGACCAAUUUUCUGUUAGUCUUGGAACAAAGGAAUGCUCUUGCAGAAAAUGGAUGUUGACAGGCUUACCUUGUAGACAUGCAAUAGCUUGUAUGAGAGAAAUGGAAAUUGAUCCAAGUCAAUAUGUACCUGACUACUUCAGAAAAGAAACUUAUGAAGUUUGCUAUCAACCAAUGAUCUACCCAACAAAUGGUCAAAAUUUAUGGGUAAGAACUCAGUUUACUGACCUUCAACCACCACCAAUAAAAAGACAACCUGGCAGACCUAAAAAAAAGAGGAACAAGGAACCUGAUGAAUUGAAAAAGGAUGAUGGAAACAUGAAGAGAGAUUUUCAUGGAAUUGUUUGUGGUAAUUGUAAAAGACCUGGUCACAACAAACAAACUUGCAAACAACCACCACCACCACCACCACCACAAGCACCACCUGCCUCAACACAACCUCCUGCUUCUGCACAACCUCCUGCUUCUGCCUCAACACAACCUCCUGCUUCUGCAACUGCUUCUGCACAACCUCAUGCUUCUGCUUCUGCAACAAGACAACCUGCUGCUGCUUCUGCUUCUGCAACAAGACAACCUGCUGCUGCUUCUGCUUCUGCUUCUGCAAGACAACCUGCUGCUUCUGCUGCUGCUUCUGCUUCUGCAAGACAGCCUGCUGCUGCUUCUGCAAGACAACCUGCCUCAACACAAGCUUCUGCAUCAGCCCAAGGCAAGACUGCUUCAAAAAAAAGGAAGAACCAACAAGACAAGCAACAAGACAAGCCUGCAGCUCCUUCUUCAACAAAAAGAAAGAAGAAUGAACAAGCCAGGCCUGCAGCAACCCAGCCACAAGUCACAACCAACAACAGACAGAAAUUGCCUUUUAAGAGAAGAGACCAAACUUCAACACAACCAACAUGGAGAAUUUGA